UCCGGGCUCGGGUAUGAAAGGCAUGAAAGGCAGGCACGCAGACAGCUGGCAGAGAGAAUACUGGGCUACCAUGGAAUCACCUGAGGAACCCGGAGCCUCCAUGGAGGAAAACUAUUUCGUGAACUACACCUUCAAAGACCGCUCCCACUCGGCCCGAGUGGCCCAGGGCAUCAUGAAACUGUGUCUGGAGGAAGAGCUCUUUGCAGACGUCACCAUCUCGGUGGAAGGCCGGGAGUUCCAGCUCCAUCGGCUGGUCCUCUCGGCCCAGAGUUGCUUCUUCCGGUCCAUGUUCACAUCCAACCUGAAGGAGGCCCACAACCGGGUGAUUGUGCUGCAGGAUGUCAGCGAGUCAGUUUUCCAGCUCCUGGUGGAUUACAUCUACCACGGGACUGUGAAGCUUCGAGCUGAUGACCUGCAGGAGAUCUAUGAGGUGUCAGACAUGUAUCAGCUGACAUCUCUCUUCGAGGAGUGCUCGCGGUUCUUGGCCCGCACCGUGCAGGUGGGAAACUGCCUCCAGGUGAUGUGGCUGGCGGAUCGGCACAGCGAUCCCGAGCUUUACACGGCUGCCAAGCACUGUGCCAAGGCUCACCUGGCCCAGCUGCAAGGCACAGACGAGUUUCUCCACCUGCCCCACCACCUGCUCACUGACAUCAUCUCAGAUGGAGUUCCAUGUUCCCAAAACCCAACAGAAGCAAUAGAGGCCUGGAUCAAUUUUAAUAAAGAGGAAAGAGAGACUUUUGCAGAGUCACUCAGGACAAGCUUGAAGGAAAUUGGGGAGAAUGUGCACAUUUACCUGAUCGGGAAAGAGUCGUCUCGUACCCAUUCCUUGGCUGUGUCCUUGCACUGUGCAGAGGAUGAUUCCAUCAGUGUAAGUGGCCAGAACAGCUUGUGCCACCAGAUCACUGCAGCCUGCAAGCACGGUGGUGACUUGUACGUGGUGGGAGGCUCCAUCCCCCGGCGCAUGUGGAAGUGCAACAACGCCACCGUGGACUGGGAGUGGUGCGCCCCGCUGCCACGGGACCGGCUCCAGCACACCCUGGUGUCUGUGCCAGGGAAGGACGCCAUCUACUCACUGGGUGGCAAGACACUGCAGGAUACUCUCUCCAAUGCAGUCAUCUACUACUGCGUGGGGGACAAUGUCUGGACAGAGACAACCCAGCUAGAGGUGGCGGUGUCAGGGGCCGCCGGUGCUAACCUCAAUGGGAUCAUCUACCUGCUAGGUGGGGAAGAGAAUGACCUGGACUUCUUUACCAAACCUUCCCGCCUCAUCCAGUGCUUUGACACCGAGACAGACAAAUGCUAUGUGAAGCCCUACGUGCUGCCUUUCGCAGGCCGCAUGCACGCAGCUGUGCAUAAAGAUCUGGUGUUCAUUGUGGCUGAGGGGGACUCCCUGUUGUGCUAUAAUCCCUUGCUAGACAGCUUUACCCGGCUUUGCCUUCCGGAGGCCUGGAGCUCCGCGCCGUCCCUCUGGAAGAUUGCCAGCUGUAAUGGGAGCAUCUAUGUAUUCCGGGACCAAUAUAAAAAAGGGGAUGCCAACACCUACAAGCUUGACCCUGCCACUUCUGCCAUUACUGUUACCAGAGGCAUUAAGGUGCUGCUGACCAAUUUGCAGUUUGUACUGGCCUGAGCCCAUGGGGAAACUGCUGGCUCGAAACCUCCUUUCUGGUACCUACCCAUCCAUACCGCAG